AUGUUGCUUAAAGGUCUUUCCGGUGUAUCUUCUGUUGAGGAUCCAAUUACGGAAGCUCCAAGGAUACGAACUCCUGCUCGAGCAAGAGUAGUCAGAAAAGAGUUACCCGCUCCCACAUCUACAACAAUCACAACAGUAGCCGCAAAUGUUCCAGAUUACAGUUUUUAUAUAAGGAUUAUCAUCUGUCUUCUGGGUGGAUUAUUGCUUCUAAAUACCUUGCUGCUAUUCCGUGUGAACAAUAUCGAGAGCCAGCCUACGUUGGGUGAUGAUGUCGCGCAAGUGUUACGAAGACUGGCCGAUCAAGGUAAAUCACACGAGCAAACGGUAGCUCUGGAAAAUCUCCUUGAAAAAGUCAAUCAGCUGGCCAGUGAACUACAAAAGCUGAAACAACAGAUCUCACAAAAACAAGAGCUCUAG